AUGAAGUCCGCGAUCGCCUGUCUGUUGGUGUUGGCUGUGGCCGCCCAAGCUCAAUUCUUCGGAUACGGUGGAUACUACGGAAACUACGGUGCUGCCUAUCCGUUCGCUGCUGGCCUUCGCGCCACCACGGCCUACACCGGAAUCCCUGCAACUGCCAGCACCUAUCCCGUCGCUUACGGCUACCCCUCAUACACGGCCACCCAACAGGCCGCCAGCAACCUCCGUGACGGGUUCGGCAACCAGAUCGGCAGCUACGCUUACAUCAAUCCGGAAGGCAAGGAAGUCCGUGUCUCCUACACCGCCGACUCCCGAGGCUUCCACGUCCAAUCCAACGACUUGCCCGUCGCUUCCGUCGACAAUUCGGUAGCGCCCGUCCAGGUUGAAGACACACCCGAAGUGGCCGCUGCCAAGGCCGAUCACUCCGCCGCUAUCGCCGCUGCCAAGUCCGGAGUUGCCCCCGCUGUCGCUCUUCCAACCCCAGUCCAGGACACCCCCGAGGUGGCCGCUGCCAAGGUGGAAUUUGCCGUUAAAUUCGCCGCCGCCAAGGCCGUCCGUGCUAAGCGCCAAGUAUUUGGCUUCGGAGCUGCUCCAUUUUCUUACCCCGGCUAUGCCGUUUCCCCUUACGCCUUUUCGGUUGCCGCUCCGGCCGUCUACGCCACCCCAGCUGUGCCCGUCCGUGAGGCCACUUUGACCAAAGUCAUCCACACCCCUGGUCACGCAGUCUCUUACCGCGUCGAAUAAAUUUUUGUGAAAUAGCAUCUCAAAUUGUUUUUCUAUUCUUCUUAUUCUUCAUAAUUUUGCAAAAUAAAAUGUUUACUUAACAUUGAAA